AAUAACUUGAACAGACACAAACAUGCCCCAAGACUAAAUGGGCUGCACUUAUGACCCGAUAAGAUGGUGGGGCUAUUAAUACCCAAUUUGACUACAAAUACACACUCGCUCUUGAUUGCACUUUGUAAAAUCUAAUUAGGGUUUGCUCGCUCAGUUGAGAUUGUGAUUCUUGAAUUUUGCAAGUCUGUAUAAUGGGAGUGGAGAAGGAAGUGCUUAGAGCUGGAACCGGACCCAAACCGGUUCCUGGUCAGACUGUUGAAGUUCACUGCACUGGUUUCGGUAAAAACAAUGAUCUGUCUCAGAAGUUUUGGAGCACAAAAGAUCCAGGCCAGACACCUUUUUCCUUCAAGAUUGGCAAAGGACAAGUUAUUAAAGGAUGGGAUGAAGGUGUUCUAGGAAUGCAAGUUGGAGAAGUUGCUAAACUAAAGUGCACUCCUGACUACGCCUAUGGAAGUGGUGGAUUCCCGGCAUGGGGUAUUCAGCCUAAUUCGAUGUUAGUUUUUGAGAUUGAAGUUCUAAAAGCCACUUAGAAUAGUGGUCGAUAUUGAAAAAUCAGUUGCCUAACAUUUUACAUGCUAUGUAUGGUAACUUAAGAUUAAUCACUGUUAAAACUUGGGAAUAAAAUUACUUUGCAAUA